GCCGACCAUGGGAAAUAUAAUGAGGCUCUCUUGGCUAACUUGAAUUUGAAAACCAAGCCUAAGAGAGAUAAGGGCGGCGAUAAGCAGGGUAUUACGAAAUAUAAGAAGGAAAAGGGUAAUCAAGGAUUCAAUGGAAGGGUUGAUGCUUAUUAUAUUGGCGAGCCUACUGGCACUGGCAUAGGAAGGAUAGGCUUGUCAC